AUGAAAGAUGUCAAAAAUGGAAGUGUUUUUCAGGAUUUCCAAGUGGAUAUUUAUUUCCAAGAAAAAUGGGUGGACUUACGGUUGGCACAUAACGGUACGAAACGGAUCCUGUUGAAGGAUCCAUUUUUGUUCAAGCUGAUAUGGCACCCAGACAUCUACUUCGCUAACGCUCGAACAGCAGCGUUUCACGAUGUCACACAGCCCAAUUUUCUUGUGUGGAUUUAUCCGAAUGGAACCGUAUGGUACGACUGUCGGUGA